GGCGCACUGGCCGGCCGAGUAGCCUUGUGAGCGGAGCUUGCGCAGCCGCCCGGACCCACCUCUCCCACCCCCACCCCGGCCGCCGAGCGCCUCCAAGGACGCGCAUUUCCUGCGAGGCCUCAGAGUGCCCUUUGGCCGAGCCAAACCGAACCGAGGAGCCCAGCCCUUCGAAGCAGGUCGCGAUGGUGGACGAGCUGGUGCUGCUGCUCCACGCGCUCCUGGUGCGGCACCGCGCGCUGAGCAUCGAGAACAGCCAGCUCAUGGAACAGCUGCGGCUGCUGGUGUGCGAGAGGGCCAGUCUUUUGCGCCAGGUACGUCCGCCGAGCUGCCCGGUGCCCUUCCCCGAAACGUUUAACGGCGAGAGCGCCCGGCUCCCCGAGUUUAUCGUGCAGACGGCGUCUUACAUGCUCGUGAAUGAAAACCGAUUCUGCAACGACGCCAUGAAAGUGGCAUUCCUAAUCAGCCUGCUGACCGGGGAAGCGGAGGAGUGGGUGGUGCCCUACAUCGAGAUGGAUAGCCCCAUCCUAGGCGAUUACCGGGCCUUUCUCGAUGAGAUGAAGCAGUGUUUUGGCUGGGAUGACGACGAGGACGACGAGGACGAUGAAGAGGAUGAUUACUAGGCCUGGAGCCCCUUGGGCCUCGAGGGGGAGGGACCCGCACGCCACCUCCCCCACCCCCUGCCGCUCCCGAAGCUGCAGCGUUCAGCCCUUCUUUGCCUCCUGUGUCCUCGUUCUCUACUCGUUAUGCGCUGUAGUGCUUGUCUUUGUUCCAGGAAUAAUGCUCCAAUUACCUGCUGUGGGGCCUGGGGCUGGGCCUUGCCCUGAAGCAUGCUGUGUCAACUCUGCCCAGUCCCAGCCCCCUUCCUCUGCUACUGUGAAGGGUUCUCCUCGCCCCAGUUGUUGGCCAGGCCCCCGUCAAAACUGGUCCGGCCACCCACAGUCCUGCUGCUGCCACCCACCCACCUGCCUGCCAGGCGUAGUCUGCCCAGAGACUUACGCCGCCACUUUACCACCAUCUACUGCAUCCCACCUACAGACUACUGCUUUUGGAGAUAAGGACCGACCUAGAAGAUGCCUGAGUUGGCUACACUCUUCGGACACUGAUUUGGACAGCUCACCUGACCCUGAAAGGGCCAGUCUUUACAGCUGGUUAGUUGUUCAUCCACGGCCCAGGUUCCUUUCCUGCCCUACUAGAUUGCUGCGGGAGCCUGGUGUGCCUGGCAGCCAAGACACUGACAUUUCUUUUCUCGUAUGCACCAGUUUUGCACAGCUGUUGGUUGUUCAUAAUCGCAGCAGUCUCACACAGAUGUGUGUGUAUUUGGACAAGUGAUAUUAAAAACAAUGAAGCAAAUAAGCAGAAACGGGCACUCAAUCCAGCUCCUCAAUACUAUCUGGAAAAAGCAUUAGCAUCCUUUUCAAUAAAUAUCAAGCACUACAAAAAUUA